GUUGCAAGAAGACGAAUGCAAGGCGGGGAGAUGGUAGGAGAGAUGCAGGAACGGAAGAGGUCUCCAGAUCGAGCCCCCUCCAAGGAGCGGGAGAAGAAGCGCUCACGUUCCCGGGACCGUGACAGGAAACGGUCGACCUCCAAGGAGCGCAAACGGCACCGGUCACGGGAGAGGAAGCGUUCUCGCUCCAAGAGUGGCGAGCGGGAGGCGGACCGGGAGCGACACCAUGGCAAGGACAAGGAGCGAGACCGAGACAGGUCCAAGAAGGAGAGAGAACGUGAUGGACACCGUAAGGCCAGGAAGCGAUCAAGGAGCCCCUCGCCUGGAAGGCUAAAGGAUGGGAAGGUGAAGAUCAAGAAGGAGGAGGAAGAGGAAGAUCCAAAGAAGAACAAGGCACAGCCGCUGUCCCUCGAGGAGCUGCUAGCAAAGAAGAAGGCAGCAGAAGUGGCGGAGUCCAAGAGGACCCCCAGGAGAGUGAGAGGCGGGAGCGUCGUGAGAGGAUGGAGCGGGAGAACCAAGGGAACGAUGAGGAAGGCGGGCGUCUGAAGAUGCGUGAGGAGAAGGACAAGACCAAAGAACUGCAAGCCAUCAAGGUCCUGCACACCCCAAAUUGUGG